AUGGCCGACCGACCCCAAGAACCCGUGCGCCCAGCUCGCGAACGUAAAUCCUCGCCUGUCAAGACUGGUUACCUUGUCCUCUACAAUGCCGUUUCGACCAUCCUCUGGGCCACUAUUCUAGGACGCGUCUUGCUGGUUUCGUCUGUGCAUGGCACCAAAUAUGUCUUCCCUGCUGUCGGAGAGUUUGCAAAGUGGACCCAGACUCUGGCUUUGCUGGAGGUUGUGCAUGCUGCUGUUGGUGAGUUUGGUGUUCCUUGA